UAAAUUGCAAGGCCAACGUGAGCAUGAUUUCCACAACAUAGCCUUAUUUGUUUUCAGCUUCGAAAUCUUCCAUUUGAAUAUCUUCGGUUUCUGAGAGGAAGAGAGUGGGAAAAUGGCCAUCUUCACGACUGAAAAUCCCUGGGUGCUUAUUUUUGGAGUUCUAGGUAAUAUCAUAUCCAUCGUGGUCUUUUUGGCCCCAGUGCCAACGUUCUGUAGGAUAUGCAGGAAGAAGUCAACUGAAGGGUUUGAAUCAGUUCCAUACGUGGUUUCUCUGUCCAGCGCUAUGCUUUGGCUGUACUAUGCAUCCCUCAAGUCUGAGUCCAGCGCUUUCCUGCUUAUCACGGUCAACUCGGUCGGAUGUGCUGUAGAGACGAUCUACAUCGCUCUCUACCUCACGUAUGCUCCUAAACAAGCCAGGGUACGUAGCCACAGCGUUGUUCGUGAAGAAGACACCUAA